UGGUCUUUAUCUACCAAGUAGCAACUAUAUCUAACUUCACAGCCUCCUCACUAAAGAUGCUCUCUCACUCUUGUUUGCUUCUGUGAAACUCUCUUUUUUCCUUUCUCCCUUUUGUGCCUUUCUUCUUCAACUUUCUCUUUUUUUCAACUUUGGUUAACCUUAUAAGGAAGACUUUGAGUGUGAAGGGCAUUACUGUAGAAUCUGAGAGGAGGGGGAUGAUGAGUGCUUCAAAGUUCAUCAAAUGUGUGACUGUUGGUGAUGGGGCUGUGGGGAAGACAUGCAUGCUCAUUUGUUAUACCAGUAACAAGUUCCCCACUGAUUAUAUUCCAACAGUGUUUGACAAUUUCAGUGCAAAUGUGGCUGUGGAUGGUAACAUUGUUAACCUGGGAUUAUGGGAUACUGCUGGCCAGGAAGAUUACAGCAGGUUGAGGCCACUGAGUUACAGAGGAGCAGACAUAUUUGUUUUGGCUUUCUCUUUAAUUAGCAGGGCAAGCUAUGAAAAUGUUCUCAAAAAGUGGAUGCCUGAACUUCGCCGGUUUGCGCCCAACGUUCCAAUCGUUCUGGUCGGAACGAAACUAGAUCUUCGUGAUGACAAUCGAUAUCUGGCUGAUCAUAUGGGUUCUAACGUUAUUACACCAGCCCAAGGCGAGGAAUUAAGGAAGCAAAUUGGCGCAGCAGCAUACAUAGAGUGUAGCUCUAAAACUCAGCAGAAUGUGAAAGCAGUAUUCGACACUGCGAUUAAGGUUGUGCUACAACCACCUAGGAGGAAGGAAACGGCUAGGAAGAAAAGGCGCAGAAGCACCGGCUGCUCAAUAGUGAGGGGUAUAGUCUGCGGGGGUUGUGUGGCUUAGGGAAGCUUCAGGGCUAAGGGUUAGCUCGGAUUCAUCACAGGUGGCUGGAAUCGGACUCAACGUGUAGGGGGGCAUGUUUUGUAAGCAAUGUCGUUUUGAAUGUAGGUGUUUAUCUAUGAUCAAAAGUAGGAGAGAAUUGUCGAUUCUCUCAGGUUCUGUGAAUUACUUACUAGUUAACUUAUUACUAUGUUAUGCGCUUCAGUUUGGUGUUUUGAGCAACUUGCGAUUAUCUCUCCAUGUUCACAAGCAAAUUCUUUUGUAUUUACAUAAGCACAAAUGUUGAAUUAGAAUCUCUCUUUUAAGUC